AAUAUUGGCGUUUUAAAGCAAAUUUCCUGAUUUUCUACACAUUUAGCCAUGAGGCUGAGAAAAAAUGUUGCAUUAUUAAACCUAAUUUCCUGCAACCCCCCCCCCUAAUUUCUCUGUCUUUUCAUGUCUCCCAUCUUUACAUGCAUUGAACUGCUGUGACAAACAUCUGUCCUUACAUAUCCUUUGUGCCUGGUCACUGUACUAUUAUCCACCUAUUUGCUAUUAUCUUGUUCCUCUCGCCAUUUAGGAUGUAUCCAUCCUUGCAGCUGGCCUCCACUCAGUAAACGCUAAAGAACACAACCUCACCCCCAGCUCUUUCCUCCUCCACAUUACCCCCAUCCCCUUCCCUCCACCAUCUCUCCAGCCAAUCAGGGGCCUUGAUUCCUCUGGGCCAAUGGGAUGGCUGGGAGGUGAUGUCAUGCAGUAAUAGCUGGUUGUGGUGCUGAUGCUGCUGAGAGAGCAGCCCAAACAGCAGCAGAACGACAGAGAGAGAGGGAAAGAAAGAAAGAAAGAGAGAUAAAGAAAUAAAAGGAGAGUACCACCAACAUUGCUCAGCACAGGGACUAUCUGAUUCACCACAGUGUCUUUAGAAGAUAAACAAGAGGCAGAAUGACUCUCGCAGCCUACAGAGACAAGAUACGGGAGCUCCCUCUAGUGUCCAUCUUCUGUUCCUGCAUCCUACCUGAAGCCAAAGAAAAGCCCACCAAGAAAGAUGUGGUGGACCUGAAUCUGUGCAUCAUCAGGGACAUGGAGGUGAUUGAGCUGAACAAAAGGAGAUCCGGCCAGGCCUUCGAGGUCAUCCUGAAGCCCCCCUCGUUUGACGGGGGUCCGAACCCUCUCGCCACCACACCACCACGCAGGGAGCCUUCCCUGGAAGAGAUCCAGAGAAAGCUGGACGCCGCUGAGGAGAGGAGAAAGUGCCAGGAGGCUGAGUUGCUGAAGCACCUGGCUGAGAAGCGGGAACACGAGCGUGAGGUGGCCCAGAAGGCCCUGGAGGAACACAACAACUUCAUUCGGCUGGCCAAGGAGCGCAUGGAGCUGCGCAUGGAGCACAACAAGGAGAAACGGGAGGCACACCUGGCCGCUAUGCUGGAACGCCUGCAGGAGAAGGACAAGCACGCUGUGGAGGUGAGGAAAAACAGAGAGCACAAGGAGGAGAGCGGGUAGAGAGAGAGAUGGAGACAAAGAAAGAGAGCCCGUGGUGCCUCUGUUUUGUUGCGUGAGAAUAGGAGGGAAGAGAAGAGACAAGAUAAAGAGACUAGCAUGACAGGUUCUUAAAAUGGACGUGGGAUUUGUUUGACAGACGAGAAUCCACAAUGAUGAAGUUGAAGUAGGAGAAGUGCACACAAGGCGGUUUCCUGGAGAGACAGAAAAUCAAGAUGUAGUUUUGUAUUGCUCUUGAGUGUAGCAGAGUAUAAGAGCACUAUGCAUCAUUUAGUAGCUAAUUAUACCUUCUGUAGGCUGGGUAUUUAUAAUAGACCUUGAACACAUUCUUAUUUGCAAGAAAUCUAAACAUAGCUUACUUUUUUAAAGUUCUGGUCAAUAAAAUCACUGACACAUAUACUUCAAUUUAAAGCAUUCUACACAUAAUGUUUGUUACACUUUUCACCACUUUUUGGCAUGUUAGCUUGUGUACAGUACAUAAAUAGUCAUUGAAUGGGAUACUGAUGCUACCGACUUCGCAAUUUAUAUCUAUCUCAAAUAGGAAAGCUCCUAUUUGCGUUAAUUAUCUCUGUAUUUAUUCUGUAGUCAAUGGGUGUUGUGUUUCACUGUGGUGAGUAGUGUAGUGUUGAUUGUGCAUGGCUAGUUUCUUUGGUGUUUUUUCAGAUAUAGUAGAUUUGAUUAUUAGGGGAAUAGGCUGUUUGUACUAAUAUGUACCAGUUACAGAUGUAUGUGAUGUGUCACUCAAUAUCAAUUUAAAAAAGUACAACAUCUGUAUAAGAGACCCUUGUUGUUUGUAUGCUUACUUACAUGUGCACUAGUCACGUGUGUGCGCUCGUGUCUUUUCUAACUGUCCUAUCUCUGAACUCUGUGUUGUAGGUUUCAUGACGGCCUGAUCACAACACGAGCUGAACUUAUUUUGGAAGCCAUUUUGAAGGGCGUUCGCCAGCCUGUUCAGACUGUAGCCCUCUGGGUUCAGUCGUUUGGAGAAAAGACUGAGACUAUGAGAUUCUAAUGAUGACACAUGAGAGAGGUGGUUAUGUCAACGACUGAAGCGGAUUGGUCAGUGUGCCCUGCUUUAGGAACUGAUCAGUACAACAAAAAAAGAUAUUAAAAGAUCGAGCUGAAACACAUGACAAAGGAUGACGUCAUUGCUACCUUCUUCAGUGUUCUGCUCAGGAUUCUCUCUGUGCUUUGCUGACAUGCCAACAGUGCCAACGGUGGGUCUGAGUGUGAGUGUGAGCGUUUCCGUAAGGAUGAGCGUGAGCAUGAGUGUGUAUGCUUCAGUAAAAAUACUUUGAUAUCACACAUUUUGCUUUGAGCUCACACUUGCAGGCAAGGUUUUAACUUAAAUGUCCUUAUGAGUUUGGUUUGUAAACUUGAGUCUGUUGGAGCCAAAAUCAUUGUAAAUCUACUGAAGCGAAUGGAGGUCAGGGAAUGAUGUGGCUGCAUGUUGAUGUACAGAAAUGAUGCUCUAUUUUAGAUGCCAAAAGAGAAUUAAAGGAGUUCUGUUUUGAA